CGGGCGCCGGACUCGCCAGCCCGCCCGCGCCGGGGCUCCCGCCCCACGCAGCGUCCCGAGGCGGCAGGACUGGGGGGGAGCCCCGCGCCGCUCCCCGAGGAUCCCAAACAGGACGGCCCUGGGUCCUGGAAGGAUUGGCGGGCUACCGACGUGCACCCUCCUCUCUGCGCAAGGGCCAUGACGCACACCCCACUCGGGAGCUGCGGACGCUCUGCCUGGUGAUCCGGCCGCGGCGCCCCGAGGGGGGCGCGGGCGGGGACCCCGGGGGCCGUCCAUGCCCCGGGUGCGGCCGCGCCCCCUCCCCCUCCAGCCGGGCGCGCCCGUGGCAGGGCGACAUUCAGGGCCGCGGGCCUGUCCAGUGCCCCGUCGGGAGCGGCGUCCCGGCGGCCGCGCUGAGGCCACCAUGUGACGCGGCACCGGCUCCGUCGUGCGACCGAGCGGCGGCGCCCUGGUGCCUCCCGUCCAUGCUUCUGGGCCCCGGCCCCGCGCAGGCCAAGCAUGAGACCGCGGCCCUACGGUAGAGGGCUCCGCGCGGGAGCUGCGCUGUCGCUCACGCUGCUGCUGCUGCUGCCGCCGCUGGAACGCCUGUGGGCGGCAGGCACACCCGCGCCGCCGGCGCCCGGGGCCCGGGAGGACAGCGCGCUGGGCGCGGGCCGCGUGAAGCGCGGCUGGGUGUGGAACCAGUUCUUCGUGGUGGAGGAGUACACGGGCACCGAGCCCCUGUACGUGGGCAAGAUCCACUCAGACUCAGACGAGGGUGACGGCGCCAUCAAGUACACCAUCUCAGGCGAGGGCGCCGGGACCAUCUUUCUGAUCGACGAGCUGACGGGCGACAUCCACGCCAUGGAGCGCCUGGACCGUGAGCAAAAAACCUUCUACACGCUGCGGGCCCAGGCCCGGGACCGCGCCACCGAUCGCCUGCUGGAGCCGGAGUCGGAGUUCACCAUCAAGGUGCAGGACAUCAACGACAGCGAGCCCCGCUUCCUGCACGGCCCCUACAUCGGCAGCGUGGCCGAGCUGUCGCCCACAGGCACGUCGGUGAUGCAGGUGAUGGCCUCGGAUGCGGAUGACCCCGCGUACGGCAGCAGCGCCCGGCUGGUGUACAGCGUGCUGGACGGAGAGCACCACUUCACCGUGGACCCCAAGACCGGCGUGAUCCGGACGGCUGUGCCUGACCUCGACCGCGAGAGCCAGGAGCGCUACGAGGUGGUGAUCCAGGCCACAGACAUGGCGGGCCAGCUGGGCGGCCUCUCGGGCUCCACCACCGUCACUAUCGUGGUCACCGACGUCAACGACAACCCGCCCCGUUUCCCACAGAAGAUGUACCAGUUCAGCAUCCAGGAGUCAGCCCCUAUUGGCACAGCCGUGGGACGAGUGAAGGCCGAGGACUCAGACGUGGGCGAGAACACGGACAUGACUUACCUCCUCAAGGAGGAGAGUGGCAGCGGCGGCGAAGCAUUCAAGGUCACCACGGACAGCGACACUCAGGAGGCCAUCAUCGUCCUGCAGAAGCGCCUGGACUUCGAGUCCCAGCCCGUGCACACCGUGGUCCUGGAAGCCCUCAACAAGUUCCUGGACCCUCGCUUCGCCGAUCUGGGCACGUUCCGCGACCAGGCGAUCGUGCGCGUGGCCGUGACCGACGUGGACGAGCCCCCCGAGUUCCGGCCGCCGUCCGGCCUCCUGGAGGUGCAAGAGGACGCGCAGGUGGGCUCCCUGGUCGGCGUGGUGACUGCGCGGGACCCCGACGCCGCCAACCGGCCCGUCCGGUACGCCAUUGACCGCGACUCGGAUUUGGACCAGAUCUUCAAUAUCGAUGAGGACACGGGAGCCAUCGUGACGGGCAAGGGGCUGGACCGCGAGACGGCCGGCUGGCACAACAUCACGGUGCUGGCCAUGGAGGCUGAAAAUCACGCCCAGCUAUCCCGGGCAUCUCUAAGGAUCCGAAUCCUGGAUGUGAACGACAAUCCCCCAGAGCUGGCCACGCCCUACGAGGCCGCCGUGUGUGAAGAUGCCAAACCAGGCCAGCUCAUCCAGACCAUCAGCGUGGUGGACAGAGAUGAGCCCCAGGGUGGGCACCGCUUCUAUUUCCGCCUGGUGCCUGAAGCUCCCAGCAACCCCCACUUCUCUCUGCUCGAUAUCCAAGACAACACAGCCGCGGUGCACACGCAGCACGUGGGCUUCAACCGGCAGGAGCAGGACGUGUUCCUCCUGCCCAUCCUGGUGGUGGACAGCGGGCCGCCCACGCUCAGCAGCACAGGCACGCUCACCAUCCGCAUCUGCGGCUGCGACAGCGCCGGCGCCAUCCAGUCCUGCAACACCACGGCCUUCGUCAUGGCCGCCUCCCUCAGCCCCGGCGCCCUCAUCGCCCUGCUGGUCUGUGUCCUCAUCCUGGUCGUGCUGGUGCUGCUGAUCCUCACGCUCCGACGCCACCACAAGAGCCACCUGAGCUCGGACGAGGACGAGGACAUGCGGGAUAACGUCAUCAAAUACAACGACGAGGGCGGCGGCGAGCAGGACACCGAAGCCUACGACAUGUCGGCGCUGCGGAGCCUCUACGACUUCGGCGAGCUCAAGGGCGGCGACGGGGGAGGCAGCGGGGGCACGGGCGGGGGCACGGGCAGCCCCCAGCAGGCCCGCCUGCCCUCCGAGCGCCACUCGCUCCCGCAGGAGCCGCCGCGUCCCGAGCCGGACUUCUCAGUGUUCAGGGACUUCAUCGGCCGCAAGGUGGCGCUGGCGGACGCGGACCUGUCGGUGCCGCCCUACGACGCCUUCCAGACCUACGCCUUCGAAGGCGCGGACUCGCCGGCCGCCUCCCUCAGCUCGCUGCACAGCGGCUCGUCGGGCUCCGAGCAGGACUUCGCCUAUCUCAGCGGCUGGGGCCCGCGCUUCAGGCCCCUGGCCGUGCUCUACGCCGGCCACCGCGCGGACGACGAGACCCAGGCCUCCUAGCCCCCCACCCCCGGCCCUGCCGUCGGGGCGCAGCCGCCCGCCCCGUCCGGGGCCUCACUGGGCCCGAGGACCAAAGCAUUUCCCCUCCUCAUCCACUUCCCCAGCCUCCCACCUCCCAGGGCGGCCGGAUGGGAGCGACUUAUUAGGGGGCGGACCCCUGGACGUCCUCUCCCCCAACCCCCCAGGCAGCCUUCGGACCCAGGGGCGGCGGGAAUUACAACCAACGUCAUUAAAACUGCAACGAGACCCGGCACUGCGUGGCUCCGGGGUUAGAAAGGGAGAUGGGAGUGGUGUGGCGGCGACUGGGAGGGGCGGGUUCCUCAAUCCUGGCUUGGGGAUGGGGACGCUGGAGGGAGGGUGCUGCUAUGCACCCUCCAGGAUUCUCCCCAAAAGAGUUAAGAGGAGAGAAGGGCUGUUCAUUUACUAAACGCCUACUGUGUGCUGGGACGCUGUGCAGAGACCACUUCGGUCGUCAUAGAGACGGUGAGGCAGGGUCCUCCACAUAACAGGUGAGGAAAGCCGCCCAGAGAGGUAGCUGUACCUGUCCAAGGACACCCAGCCAGUGCAUGGUGGAGCUCUGGCACUUACCUGCUGUGUGGCCUUAGACAGGUUAUCUCACUUCUCUGGGCCUCAGUUUCCUCAUCUGUCAAAUGGGGUUAACAACAGAACCUACCUCGAAGAAUUUUGAGGAUAACAAGGGUUAAUACCUGUGGAGUACUUAGGGACGGUGCCUGGCACAUCGUGGAUGUUCAAUAAAUGU